AUGCUGCGUGCACUGCCUCUGCUCUUGCUCGCCUGCGCGGCUGUCGACGCGUGUACCGUCAUCGCCGUGACCAAGGGCGCGUCCGCCGACGGCGCGUCGUUGACAGCACACACGGACGACACGGGCGGCGGCGCCGUGGAUCUCCGCGUGGCGCAUGUGCCGGCCAAGGACCAUGCGCCGAACGCAAGCCGCCCCGUGUACGACUACACGGCAGGGUACCCUCGCCUUGUCGCCCAUGAGCGCGGACCGCACUACGCACCCACCGAG